GGGAGGGGCUGCGGGCGAGCUUAGGCCUCGGUAAGGCUUUUAGCGUGCCCUGGCCACAAAGUAAUAGCGUGAUGCCUUAGACCAGCUGACAGGUUGUUAAAUCUGUUUUUACGCAGGGGUAAAGGAAGCAAAGCGUUUAUUUCGGGUUUCUUUUGGGGGGGGUGAUGGAUGUGCAUUUACCCCUUCUCGGCCCCCCUCCCCCCCCGAGGUGGGGUUGCACCUCGGUGUGCUUGGGAGGAGGCUGCUAGCACACCCGGGAAGAGGACUGCUUUCCUUCAGGGAAUGGCGGCAGUGCUUUUAAAAGCAGCCAAACUGAGGCUUUAUUUUUUGUUUGUUUGAAAGGCAUCUGAAGCUGUUGAGGCACCUGGACUUUGAAAUGAGGAAACACAUCUGAAAACGGGGUAGGCGCUAAAUCCAGGAGGACUUAAGGCUGGAGAUAGCACACCCCGUAAGGCGAGGCGGUGUUAGAGUUGUGCACAGGGAAGUUCUGCUCCUAAUGCAGCUUUCCAAAGGUUGCCCUGCUCCUGCAGACCGGCCAGGCUCCUCAUCUGGACAACACAGCAGAGACAUAAACUACAGGGGUGGUGUACCGACGUACUCAGAAUGUCGAUGGAUAUAACUUUCCUUGGCACAGGCUCAGCAUAUCCCUCUCCAACAAGAGGAGCAUCAGCAUUAGUGCUUCGCAGGGAAGGAGAGUGCUGGCUCUUUGACUGUGGAGAGGGAACCCAAACACAGUUCAUGAAGAGCCAUCUCAAAGCAGGCAGAAUUACCAAGAUUUUCAUAACUCAUCUUCAUGGUGACCACUUUUUUGGACUUCCUGGGCUGCUGUGUACACUUAGCCUCCAAAGUAGCCCUGACCCAAACAAACCACCUCUUGAUAUUUAUGGACCAUUGGGACUGCGAAACUUCAUAUGGAGGAGUAUGGAGCUCUCCCACUCACAACUUCUCUUUCCCUACACUGUUCAUGAACUGGUACCUACACGGGACCAGUGCCCCCCAGAAGAAUUUAAGGAGUUUUUUCACUUGGACAGAGAUGAGGUAUCUCCCCAGGAAGCACAAGGGAGAAUACUCCACUUGGAUCCAGUAGAAAACUCUUACUUGCUGGUUGAAGACGAGGAGAUAGUUCUGAAAGCAUUUCGCCUAUUUCACCGCAUUCCUUCCUUUGGCUUUGUGGUGCAAGAGAAGCCCCGGACUGGUAGACUCAAUGUACAGAAACUGAAAGACCUUGGAGUUCAGCCAGGUCCUUUAUAUGGGAAACUGAAGAAUGGAACUGCAGUUGUUCUAGAAAAUGGAGUAAUGAUUUCUCCUUCUGACGUCUUAGAAGACCCUAUUCCUGGAAGAAAAAUUUGCAUUUUGGGGGAUUGUUCAGGUGUGGUUGGAGAUGCGGCCGUGAAGCUUUGCUGUGAAGCAGAUGUACUGAUACACGAAGCUACAUUGGAUGAUACCCAGGAGGAAAAGGCCAGAGAGCAUGGUCAUAGUACUCCAAAAAUGGCAUCAGAUUUUGCAAAAUUGUGUAAAGUUAAGAAACUGGUUUUCACUCACUUCAGUCAGCGGUAUAAACCAGCUGCUCAGAGAGGAGAGGGGGACAUGGACGUCACCGAACUGAAGCGACAGGCAGAGUCAGUGUUAGAUGGUCAAGAAGUAACACUAGCUGAGGAUUUUAUGACAAUAGAAAUUCCAAUGAAAAAGGAGAAAUAGCGUGAGCAAGCUCUGCAUGAAGACAAAGUAUAGGAUGGUGUUGGAUAGCACUUAAAAAUACUGGUGGUGUUUCUGGUACCAUAGAAUGACAGAAUCAUUUAGGUUGGAAAAGAGCUGUAAGAACAUCGAGUGCAACCGUUAGCUCAGCACUGCCAAGCCCACCACUAUCCAUGAGUUCUUUUCUGUGGCACGCAGAGAACUGUUGCAAACUGGAGAGGGUACUAGGUAUGGUUAGCGUUGCUUUUGUAAAGGAUACGGAAACAUCUGGAAUUAGGAACAAAUUCAUAAGUGAUGAUUUCGGACACCUAGCUUCCCCAGAAACUGAAUGUGUAGAGUGGUGCAAGCCUUCACAGCCUUUUUCUUUUCAGCCAAGGUUUUCCUUGGACCACAGAUUCCGGGAGCAGAGCACUGGAUCAUUUGGCUUAAUACAGCCCUCUGGAAGGUUUGUUUUCUGCACCAGAAUUUAAGAUAGCUCGCCUGUUGCAAGCUUUUGAAUAACAUCUCUUUCAAACUUGUAUACAGUAUUUUGUAACUGUAAGGGGACUGAAACUAAUAAAAGUAGUUAUAACUCUGCCAA